AUGGCAACGACCCAGCAGGAAAAGGAAUCUGAAUUUGGAGAAAAACUUUGCACUACACAGGGAAAAUUUAGAGGAAGAGAUGGAAAUAUAAACUCGUCGAGGAAUCAGCAGAAAAGAACAGCAAAAAUGGAGAAAAAUGGGAAAAAGGAAAUAUACAAGAUUGAGACAUGGAAUGUGAGGGGAAUUUCGGGGAAGGAGAUGGAGCUUUGCGGUGAAUUCGAGAAUUCUAUGUUGGAUAUGUUGGUGAUAACUGAAACUAAAAAGAAGGGAAAUGGAAAGAUGGCAAUAGAUGAUAGGUAUACAUUGGUAUGGAGUGGUGUACAUCAGGAUGAAAGAGCUAGAAGCGGAGUAGGGUUCUUGAUGAAAAGCGAGGUGGAAGAAAAGUACCUGAAUAAAUGGGAAGCAAUUAAUGAAAGAAUAAUGGUAGUUGAAAUGAGUUAUGGGGGGUUGUUGGAGACGAUCAUAGGUGUUUAUGGACCAAAUGAAGACGAUAAAAAGGAGGAAAAGGAUCAUUUCUGGAAUGAAUUAACUUUGGUAUUGGAGGAGGCUAGAGGAACGAUCUAUAUUGCUGGUGACUUCAAUGGCAGGGUGGGAAAAAGAAGUAACCAGCAAACAAGAUGUAUCGGGGAACACGGGGAAGAUGUGUUGAAUAGUAAUGGAAAGCGAUUGUUGGAAUUUUGCGAGAUACACGGAUUCAUCAUAGGGAAUACUUUCUUCGAACAUAAGGACAUACACAAGUACACAAGGGAGGUUAAGUGA